AUGGGAAAAACGAGAACAAAAGGAAACAAAAAGAAUGGCCGCGGCAUUGUGAAAAUCAAGGAAAAACUACAAAGGAGCCUAAUCUCGGGCCUCAAACUUUUCACGGACGAGUGUGAUAAUCAAGAGAUUAGGGUGCCCGAUGACGUGAAGGAAGGGCAUUUUGCGGUGAUUGCAGAGGACAACCACGAACUGAGGCGGUUCGUGGUGCCCCUGAGCUUCCUCACCCACCCGUCUUUCGUGAGGCUAUUGGAACAAGCCGCGGAAGAAUAUGGCUUCGACCGUGGCGGUGCCCUCACGGUUCCUUGUAAGCCAGUCGAGCUCGAGCACAUACUCUCCGAGAGGUGGGUCGAGGAGGAAGUUGGGUUCGAUGGUGAUGAUAAUAAUACUAAUAAUAAGUGGAGCUUAUGCAACAAAGCCAAGAUGGUGAAGAGCCACUAG